AGGCCGGGACGGGGACCGGGACGCAGCGCCGCGCCCCGUGGGUGAAUCCCCGCCGCGCCUGGGGGACCUCCCUCCCGGGGCAGCCCGAAGAUCGCCAGCCCGGGCCGCCACCAUGCGCGCCCCGCCCCUGCCGCCAGGCCCCUCGCUCCUAGCCUGCGCCACCGCCGAGCCCGGGGGGCAGCGGGAGGUGGGGAGAAUGCCGCCUGGGGUGGGUAAGUUCGGGGCUCCGCUGCCGCUGGAAUCUCCCGUUGUCGCGCUGGCCCGAGUGGUGGCCCCCGGACCUCCGAGUGCCUCCUUCCUCCCGAGGUGUCGGGAGGCUUUGUGUGCCAGGUCCGAUCCGUACUGGGUGCAAUGAAAGCUCCACGCAGGCCUUACCAUGGAAGGCUGUGACUCGCCCGUCGUCUCGGGGAAGGACAAUGGGUGCGGGAUCCCUCAGCACCGGCAAUGGACUGAACUCAACAGCACCCACCUCCCUGACAAACCCAGUAGCAUGGAGCAGCCCGCAGGCGAGAGCCACGGGCCCCUGGACAGCCUGAGGGCCCCCUUCAAUGAGCGCCUGGCGGACAGCAGCGCCUCGGCGGGGCCGCCAGCCGAGCCAGCCAGCAAGGAGGUGAGCUGCAACGAGUGCUCGGCCUCCUUCGCCAGCCUCCAGACCUACAUGGAGCACCACUGCCCUGGCACGCGCCCCCCGCCCCCGCUGCGAGAGGAGAGCGCCAGCGACACCAGCGAGGAGGGCGAGGAGGAGAGUGACGUGGAGAACCUGGCUGGGGAGAUCGUCUACCAGCCAGACGGCUCCGCGUACAUUGUCGAGAGCCUGAGCCAGUUGGCCCAGAGCGGGGCCGCGUGUGGCAGCAGCAGUGGCAGCGGGCCUGUCCCCUCGCUCUUCCUGAACUCUCUCCCUGGGGCGGGGGGCAAACAAGGGGACCCUUCUUGUGCUGCGCCCGUGUACCCGCAGAUCAUCAACACUUUCCACAUAGCCUCAUCCUUCGGGAAGUGGUUUGAGGGCUCAGACCAGGCCUUCCCGAAUACCUCAGCCCUGGCGGGGCUCAGCCCCGUCCUGCACAGCUUCCGCGUUUUUGACGUGCGACACAAAAGCAACAAGGAUUACCUGAACAGCGACGGUUCUGCCAAAAGCUCCUGCGUAUCCAAAGAUGUUCCCAACAAUGUGGACCUGUCCAAGUUCGAUGGCUUUGUGCUCUACGGCAAGAGGAAACCCAUUCUGAUGUGCUUCUUGUGCAAACUCUCCUUUGGGUAUGUCCGCUCAUUUGUGACCCACGCGGUGCACGACCAUCGAAUGACCCUGAGUGAAGAGGAGCGGAAAAUUCUUAGCAAUAAGAACAUCUCCGCUAUCAUCCAAGGGAUUGGCAAAGACAAGGAACCCCUUGUAAGUUUCCUGGAACCAAAAAACAAAAACUUUCAACACCCUUUAGUUUCUACAGCUAACCUCAUAGGCCCCGGACACAGUUUUUACGGUAAAUUUAGUGGCAUUCGCAUGGAAGGGGAGGAGGCCCUUCCAGCCGUCGCUGCUGCUGGCCCUGAGCAGCCCCAGGCUGGCCUCUUGACCCCCAGCACCCUCUUGAACCUUGGCGGGCUCACCAGCUCGGUCCUGAAGACCCCCAUUACCUCAGUCCCCCUGGGGCCUCUGGCUUCUAGUCCUACCAAAUCCUCAGAGGGCAAGGACCCUGGGGCAGCUGAAGGAGAUAAGCAAGAAGUGGGGGAUCAGGACUGCUUCUCCGAGAAGGCAGAGCCAGCCGAGGAGGAGGAGGCAGAAGAGGAGGAAGAGGAGGAGGAAGAGGCGGAGGAGGAGGAGGAAGAGGAGGAGGAAGAGGAGGAAGAGGAAGAGGAGGGCUGCAAAGGACUCUUUCCAAGUGAGUUGGAGGAGGAACUGGAAGACAGGCCCCCCGAGGAGUCUGGGGCCACGGCCGGUGGUAGCAGCAAAAAGGACCUAGCUCUCUCAAACCAAAGCAUUUCUAACUCCCCCUUAAUGCCUAAUGUGCUCCAGACCCUGUCCCGGGGCACAGCUUCUACUACUUCUAAUUCUGCUUCUUCCUUUGUUGUCUUCGAUGGUGCGAACAGGAGGAAUCGUUUAAGCUUUAACAGUGAGGGCGUCAGGGCCAAUGUGGCAGAGGGCAGGAGGCUGGACUUCGCUGACGAAAGUGCCAAUAAAGACAAUGCCACAGCACCAGAACCAAAUGAAAGCACAGAGGGCGACGAUGGGGGCUUCGUCCCCCAUCACCAGCACGCUGGCUCCCUCUGCGAGCUUGGGGUCGGGGAGUGCCCCUCAGGGAGCGGCGUGGAGUGCCCCAAGUGUGACACGGUCCUGGGCUCCUCCCGCUCGCUGGGCGGGCACAUGACCAUGAUGCAUUCACGCAACUCGUGCAAGACCCUCAAGUGCCCCAAGUGCAACUGGCACUACAAGUACCAGCAGACGCUGGAGGCACACAUGAAGGAGAAGCACCCGGAGCCCGGCGGCUCGUGCGUCUACUGCAAGAGCGGGCAGCCCCACCCGCGCCUGGCCCGGGGCGAGAGCUACACGUGCGGCUACAAGCCGUUCCGCUGCGAGGUGUGCAACUACUCCACGACGACCAAAGGCAACCUCAGCAUCCACAUGCAGUCCGACAAGCAUCUCAACAACAUGCAGAACCUGCAGAACGGGGGCAGCGAGCAGGUGUUCAGCCACGGCGCCGGGGCCGCCGCCGCCGCGGCCGCCGCCGCCGCCGCCGCCGCCAACAUGGGCAGCUCCUGCGGCGCCCCCUCCCCCACCAAGCCCAAAACCAAGCCCACGUGGCGGUGCGAGGUGUGCGACUACGAGACCAACGUGGCCAGGAACCUCCGCAUUCACAUGACCAGCGAGAAGCACAUGCACAACAUGAUGCUCCUGCAGCAGAACAUGACCCAGAUCCAGCACAACCGCCACCUCGGCCUCGGCAGCCUGCCCUCGCCCGCCGAGGCCGAGCUCUACCAGUACUACCUGGCCCAGAACAUGAACCUGCCCAACCUGAAGAUGGACAACGCCGCGUCCGACGCCCAGUUCAUGAUGAGCGGCUUCCAGCUGGAUCCCACAGGGCCCAUGGCCGCCAUGACGCCUGCUCUAGUGGGCGGUGAGAUCCCCCUAGACAUGCGCCUCGGGGGCGGGCAGCUGGUGUCGGAGGAGCUGAUGAACCUGGGCGAGAGCUUCAUCCAGACCAACGACCCGUCGCUGAAGCUCUUCCAAUGCGCCGUCUGCAACAAGUUCACGACCGACAACCUGGACAUGCUGGGGCUGCACAUGAGCGUGGAGCGCAGCCUCUCGGAGGACGAGUGGAAGGCCGCGAUGGGGGACUCGUACCAGUGCAAGCUCUGCCGCUACAACACGCAGCUCAAGGCCAACUUCCAGCUGCACUGCAAGACGGACAAGCACGUGCAGAAGUACCAGCUGGUGGCCCACAUCAAGGAGGGCGGCAAGGCCAACGAGUGGAGGCUCAAGUGCGUGGCCAUCGGCAACCCCGUGCACCUCAAGUGCAACGCCUGCGACUACUACACCAACAGCCUGGAGAAGCUGCGGCUGCACACGGUCAACUCCCGGCACGAGGCCAGCCUGAAGCUGUACAAGCACCUGCAGCAGCACGAGAGCGGCGUGGAGGGCGAGAGCUGCUACUACCACUGCGUCCUGUGCAACUACUCCACCAAGGCCAAGCUCAACCUCAUCCAGCACGUGCGCUCCAUGAAGCACCAGCGCAGCGAGAGCCUGCGCAAGCUGCAGCGGCUGCAGAAGGGCCUCCCGGAGGAAGACGAAGACCUGGCCCAGAUCUUCACCAUCCGCAGGUGCCCUUCCACUGACCCAGAAGAAGCCGUUGAAGAUGCAGAAGGACCUGGCGAAGCGUCUGCUGACCCGGAGGAGCUGCCCAAAGACCAGGGGAGCAGCAGCGAAGAAGGGCAGAGCAAGCGGCCAGCAUCGUCUGGUCAGGCAGAGAAGGAGCUGACGGACUCCCCUGCAUCCUCCAAACGCACCUCCUUCCCAGGUAGCUCCGAGACUCCGCUCUCUUCGAAGAGGCCGAAGGCGUCGGAGGAGAUCAAACCAGAGCAGAUGUACCAGUGCCCCUACUGCAAGUACAGCAACGCGGAUGUGAACCGCCUGCGGGUGCACGCCAUGACCCAGCACUCCGUGCAGCCCAUGCUCCGCUGCCCCCUGUGCCAAGACAUGCUCAACAACAAGAUCCACCUCCAGCUGCACCUCACCCACCUCCACAGCGUGGCGCCCGACUGCGUGGAGAAGCUCAUCAUGACGGUGACCGCCCCUGAGACCGUGAUGCCCAGCAGCAUGUUUCUCCCCACCGCUGUUCCGGACCGAGAUGGGAAUUCCAAUUUGGAAGAGGCGGGAAAACAGCCUGAAACUUCAGAGGAUCUGGGAAAGAACAUCUUACCGCCCGCAAGCACAGAGCCCAGUGGAGAUUCGAAGCCCUCUUCCGCUGACCCCAGUUGCGUGAGAGAAGACUCAGGCUUCCUGUGCUGGAAGAAAGGGUGCAACCAGGUUUUCAAAACCUCAGCCGCCCUUCAGACCCAUUUCAACGAGGUGCAUGCCAAGAGGCCCCAGCUGCCCGUGUCCGACCGCCACGUGUACAAGUACCGCUGCAAUCAGUGCAGCCUGGCUUUCAAGACCGUUGAAAAGCUGCAGCUCCAUUCCCAGUACCACGUGAUCCGAGCCGCCACCAUGUGCUGCCUGUGCCAGCGCAGUUUCCGGACUUUCCAGGCUCUGAAGAAACACCUGGAGACAAGCCACCUGGAGUUGAGCGAGGCCGACAUCCAGCAGCUUUACGGGGGGCUCCUAGCCAACGGGGACCUCCUGGCAAUGGGGGACCCCACGCUGGCCGAGGACCACACCAUAAUUGUCGAAGAAGACAAGGAGGAAGAGAGUGACCUGGAAGAUAAGCAGAGCCCCACGGGCAGCGACUCCGGGUCGGUGCAGGAAGACUCGGGCUCAGAGCCGAAAAGAGCGCUGCCCUUCAGGAAGGGCCCCAACUUCACCAUGGAGAAGUUUCUCGACCCCUCCCGCCCUUACAAGUGCACCGUCUGCAAGGAAUCCUUCACGCAGAAGAACAUCCUGCUGGUGCACUACAACUCCGUCUCGCACCUGCAUAAGUUAAAGAGAGCCCUCCAGGAGUCGGCCACGGGCCAGCCCGAGCCCACCAGCAGCCCGGACAACAAGCCGUUCAAGUGUAACACCUGCAACGUGGCCUACAGCCAGAGCUCCACCCUGGAGAUCCACAUGAGGUCGGUGCUGCACCAGACCAAGGCCCGGGCAGCCAAGCUGGAAGCCGCGAGCGGCGGCAGCGGCAGCGGCAAUGGGACCGGGAGCGGCGGUAGCGGUGUGUCCCUCAGCUCCUCGACCCCGAGCCCCGUGAGCACCAGCGGCGCCAACACCUUCACCACCACCAACCCGAGCGGUGCCGCCGUGGCCCCGAGCUCCAACUUGCUGAGCCAGGUGCCCACGGAGAGCGUGGUGAUGCCGCCGCUGGGGACCCCCAUCGGCGCCAACCUCGCUUCCCCCGCGGAGCCCAAGGAGGCCAACCGGAAGAAGUUAGCAGAUAUGAUCGCAUCCAGGCAGCAGCAGCAGCAGCAGCAACAGCAGCAGCAGCAGCAGCAGCAAGCGCAGACGCUGGCCCAGGCCCAGGCUCAGGUCCAGGCCCACUUGCAGCAGGAGCUGCAGCAGCAGGCGGCCCUGAUCCAGUCCCAGCUGUUCAACCCCACUCUGCUCCCCCACUUCCCCAUGACCACCGAGACCCUGCUCCAGCUGCAGCAACAGCAGCACCUCCUCUUCCCCUUCUACAUCCCCAGUGCCGAGUUCCAGCUCAACCCCGAGGUGAGCUUGCCGGUGACCAGCGGGGCGCUGACGCUGACGGGGUCGGGCCCCGGCCUGCUGGAGGAUCUCAAGGCCCAGGUCCAGAUCCCACAGCAGAGCCACCAGCAGAUCCUGCAGCAGCAGCAGCAGCAGCAGCCUCAGCUCUCUCUUCCCCAGAGUCACUCAGCCCUCCUCCAGCCGAGCACGCACCCCGAGAAGAAGAACAAACUGGUCGUCAAAGAAAAGGAGAAGGAAGGCCAGCGAGAGCGGGAGGGGCCGGAGGGGCCGGAAGGGACCACGGGACCAAAGGAAUCACUGCCGGAUGCCUUGAAGGCCAAAGAGAAGAAAGAGUUGGCACCGGGGGGUGGUUCUGAGGGCUCCAUGCUGCCUCCGCGCAUCGCUUCGGACGCCCGAGGGAACGCGACCAAGGCCUUGCUGGAGAACUUCGGCUUCGAGCUGGUCAUCCAGUACAACGAGAACAAGCAGAAGGUCCAGAAGAAGAACGGCAGGACGGAGCAGGGCGAGAGCCCGGAGAAGCUGGAGUGCGACUCGUGCGGCAAGCUCUUCUCCAACAUCCUGAUCCUCAAGAGCCACCAGGAACACGUGCACCAGAACUACUUCCCCUUCCAGCAGCUGGAGAGGUUCGCCAAGCGGUACCGGGAGCACUACGACAAGCUGUACCCGCUGAGGCCGCAGACCCCGGAGCCGCCGCCGCCCCCGCCCCCGCCGCCGCCGCCUCCCCCGCCGCGCCCCCCCCAGCCGGCCCCCACGCCGGCCAUCCCCGCCUCGGCCCCGCCCAUCACGUCGCCCACCAUCGCCCCGGCCCAGCCCUCCGUGCCCCUCACCCAGCUCUCCAUGCCCAUGGAGCUGCCCAUCUUCUCGCCGCUCAUGAUGCAGACCCUGCCCCUGCAGACCCUGCCCGCCCAGCUGCCCCCGCAGCUGGGCCCCGUGGAGCCCCUGCCCGCCGACCUGGCGCAGCUGUACCAGCACCAGCUCAACCCGACCCUGCUCCAGCAGCAGAACAAGAGGCCCCGCACCAGGAUCACGGACGACCAGCUCCGCGUGCUGCGCCAGUACUUCGACAUCAACAACUCGCCCAGCGAGGAGCAGAUCAAGGAGAUGGCGGACAAGUCGGGCCUGCCGCAGAAGGUCAUCAAGCACUGGUUCAGGAACACCCUCUUCAAGGAGCGCCAGCGCAACAAGGACUCGCCGUACAACUUCAGCAACCCUCCCAUCACCAGCCUGGAGGAGCUCAAGAUCGACUCCCGGCCGCCGUCGCCGGAGCCGCAGAAGCAGGAGUACUGGGGGAGCAAGAGGUCGUCCAGGACCAGGUUCACCGACUACCAGCUCAGAGUCCUCCAGGACUUCUUCGACGCCAACGCCUACCCGAAGGACGACGAAUUCGAGCAGCUUUCCAACUUGCUGAACCUGCCAACGCGGGUCAUAGUGGUGUGGUUCCAAAACGCCCGGCAGAAGGCCAGGAAAAACUACGAGAACCAGGGCGAGGGCAAGGACGGGGAGCGGCGCGAGCUCACGAACGACAGGUACAUUCGGACGAGCAACCUCAACUACCAGUGCAAAAAGUGCAGCCUCGUGUUCCAGCGUAUCUUCGAUCUCAUCAAACACCAGAAGAAGCUGUGCUACAAGGACGAGGACGAGGAGGGGCAGGACGACAGCCAGAACGAGGACUCCAUGGAUGCCAUGGAGAUCCUCACCCCCACCAGCUCCUCCUGCAGCACCCCCAUGCCCUCCCAGGCCUACAGCACGCCGGCGCCCGCGGCCGCUGCAGCGCCCUCCGCGUUCCUGCAGCUCUCGGCGGAGGCCGACGACCUGGCCGCCUUCAGCUCGAAAGCUGAGGCCGGCAGCGACGAGAAGCCAAAGCAGGCCGACCCCCCCAGCGCGCAGCCGAGCCAGACCCAAGAGAAGCAGGGACAGCCAAAGCCGGAGGCGCCGCAGCCAGAGCAGCCGGAGCCGAAGACCAAGGCGCCGCAGCCCAAGCUCCCCCAGCUGGCCGCCCCCUCCCUGCCGCAGCCGCCUCCGCAGGCGCCCCCUCCGCAGUGCCCCCUCCCCCAGUCGAGCCCCAGCCCUUCCCAGCUCUCCCACCUGCCCCUCAAGCCCCUGCACACGUCCACCCCUCAGCAGCUGGCCAACCUACCUCCUCAGCUGAUCCCCUACCAGUGUGACCAGUGCAAGCUGGCCUUCCCGUCCUUCGAGCACUGGCAGGAGCACCAGCAGCUCCACUUCCUGAGCGCGCAGAACCAGUUCAUCCACCCCCAGUUUCUGGACAGGUCGCUGGAUAUGCCUUUCAUGCUGUUCGACCCCAGCAACCCGCUCCUGGCCAGCCAGCUGCUGUCGGGGGCCAUCCCCCAGAUCCCGGCGAGCUCCGCCACCUCCCCGUCCACGCCCACCUCCACCAUGAACACGCUCAAGAGGAAGCUGGAGGAGAAGGCCAGCGCCAGCCCCGGCGAAAACGACAGCGGGACCGGGGGAGAGGAGCCGCAGAGGGACAAGCGCCUGAGGACCACCAUCACCCCGGAACAGCUGGAGAUCCUCUACCAGAAGUACCUGCUGGACUCCAACCCGACCCGGAAGAUGCUGGACCACAUCGCGCACGAGGUGGGCCUCAAGAAGCGCGUGGUGCAGGUGUGGUUUCAGAACACGCGAGCUCGGGAGAGGAAAGGCCAGUUCCGGGCCGUGGGCCCCGCGCAGGCGCACCGGAGAUGCCCUUUCUGCCGGGCGCUGUUCAAGGCCAAGACGGCCCUCGAGGCGCACAUCCGGUCUCGGCACUGGCACGAAGCCAAGAGGGCCGGCUACAACCUGACGCUGUCCGCCAUGCUCUUGGACUGUGACGGGGGGCUCCAGAUGAAGGGGGACAUCUUCGACGGAACGAGCUUUUCCCACCUGCCCCCGAGCGGGGGUGACGGCCAGAGCGUGCCCCUGUCGCCGGUGAGCAAGACCAUGGAGCUGUCCCCCAGGACCCUCCUCAGCCCUUCCUCCAUCAAGGUGGAGGGGAUCGAAGACUUCGAGAGCCCCUCCAUGUCCUCGGUGAAUCUGAACUUCGACCAGACGAAGCUGGACAACGACGACUGUUCCUCGGUCAACACCGCCAUCACCGACACCACGACGGGGGACGAGGGCAACGCCGAUAACGACAGCGCCACGGGGAUAGCGACCGAAACCAAAUCUUCUGCGCCUAACGAGGGGCUGACCAAAGCAGCCAUGAUGGCCAUGUCCGAGUAUGAAGACCGACUGUCGUCCGGUCUGGUCAGCCCCGCCCCGAGCUUUUACAGCAAGGAGUACGACAAUGAAGGUACAGUGGACUACAGCGAGACCUCAAGCCUCGCAGACCCCUGCUCCCCCAGCCCUGGGGCCAGCGGGUCUGCCGGCAAAUCCGGUGACAGCGGGGAUCGCCCCGGGCAGAAGCGUUUCCGCACCCAGAUGACCAAUCUGCAGCUGAAGGUCCUCAAGUCAUGCUUUAAUGACUAUAGGACACCCACUAUGCUAGAGUGUGAGGUCCUGGGCAAUGACAUCGGACUGCCAAAGAGAGUUGUUCAGGUCUGGUUCCAGAAUGCCCGGGCAAAAGAGAAGAAGUCCAAGUUAAGCAUGGCCAAGCAUUUUGGUAUAAACCAAACGAGUUACGAGGGACCCAAAACAGAGUGCACUUUGUGUGGUGUCAAGUACAGCGCGCGGCUGUCUGUACGUGACCAUAUCUUUUCCCAACAGCAUAUCUCCAAAGUCAAGGACACCAUUGGAAGCCAGCUGGACAAGGAGAAAGAAUAUUUUGACCCAGCCACUGUCCGUCAGUUGAUGGCUCAGCAAGAGCUGGACCGGAUUAAAAAGGCGAACGAGGUCCUUGGACUGGCGGCCCAGCAGCAAGGGAUGUUUGACAACGCGCCCCUCCAGGCCCUUAACCUUCCCACCACGUAUCCCGCGCUCCAGGGCAUUCCUCCCGUGUUGCUCCCCGGCCUCAACAGCCCCUCCCUGCCAGGCUUCACUCCAUCCAACACAGCUUUAACGUCUCCUAAACCGAACCUGAUGGGUCUGCCCAGCACAACAGUUCCUUCCCCUGGCCUCCCCACGUCUGGAUUACCAAAUAAACCGUCCUCGGCCUCGCUGAGUUCCCCGACCCCAGCACAAGCCACCAUGGCGAUGGCCCCUCAGCAACCCCCACAAGCCCAGCAGCCGCAGGUGCAGCAGCCGCAGCCGCCGCCAGCAGCCCAGCCGAUACCCACACCGCAGCUCCCCCUGCAGCAGCCGCGCAAGGACAAAGAUGGCGAGAAAGCAAAGGAGAAGGAGAAGGCGCACAAAGGGAAAGGGGACCCUCUGCCCGUCCCCAAGAAGGAGAAAGGGGAGGCCCCGACAGCGGCCACGGCCACCAUCUCGGCCCCGCUGCCCGCCAUGGAGUACGCGGUGGACCCAGCCCAGCUGCAGGCCCUGCAGGCGGCCCUGACUUCGGACCCCACCACCCUGCUCACGAGCCAGUUCCUCCCCUACUUCGUGCCAGGCUUUUCUCCUUACUAUGCCCCCCAGAUCCCCGGCGCCCUGCAGAGCGGGUACCUGCAGCCCAUGUACGGCAUGGAAGGCCUGUUCCCCUACAGCCCUGCCCUGUCGCAGGCCCUGAUGGGGCUGUCUCCAGGUUCACUGCUGCAGCAGUACCAGCAAUACCAGCAGAGCCUGCAGGAGGCUAUUCAGCAGCAGCAGCAGCAGCAGCAGCGGCAACUACAGCAGCAGCAGCAGCAGCAAAAAGUGCAGCAGCAGCAGCAGCCCAAAGCAAGCCAAACCCCAGUCCCCCCGGGGGCUGCCUCCCCAGACAAAGACCCUGCCAAAGAAUCCCCCAAACCAGAAGAGCAGAAAAACGUCCCCCGCGAGGUGUCCCCCCUCCUGCCGAAACCCCCCGAAGAGCCAGAAGCAGAAAGCAAAAGUGCGGACUCCCUCUGUGACCCCUUCAUUGUCCCAAAGGUGCAGUACAAGUUGGUCUGCCGCAAGUGCCAGGCGGGCUUCGGCGACGAGGAGGCGGCGAGGAGCCACCUGAAGUCCCUCUGCUUCUUCGGCCAGUCUGUGGUGAACCUGCAAGAGAUGGUGCUCCACGUGCCCACCGGCAGCGCUGGCGGCGUUGGCGGCGUUGGCGGCGGCGGCGGCUCGUUCCACUGCCUGGCGUGCGAGAGCGCGCUCUGCGGGGAGGAAGCGCUGAGUCAGCAUCUCGAGUCGGCCUUGCACAAACACAGAACAAUCACGAGAGCAGCAAGAAACGCCAAAGAGCACCCUAGUUUAUUACCUCACUCCGCCUGCUUCCCCGAUCCCAGCACCGCAUCUACCUCGCAGUCUGCCGCUCACUCAAACGACAGCCCCCCUCCCCCGUCGGCCACCCCGUCCUCCUCGUCCGCUUCCCCCCACGCCCCCAGGAAGGCCUGGCCGCCAGUGGGCUCCCGGGCCUCGGCCGCGAAGCCCCCUUCUUUCCCCCCUCUCUCCUCAUCUUCAACGGUUACCUCAAGUUCAUGCAGCACCUCAGGGGUUCAGCCCUCGAUGCCAACAGACGACUAUUCGGAGGAGUCUGACACGGAUCUCAGCCAAAAGUCCGACGGACCGGCGAGCCCGGUGGAGGGUCCCAAAGACCCCAGCUGCCCCAAGGACAGUGGUCUGACCAGUGUAGGAACGGACACCUUCAGAUUGUAAGCUUUGAAGAUGAACAGUUACAAAUGAAUUUAAAUAAAAAAAAAAUUAAUAACAAACCAAUUUCAAAAAAAAAAAUAGACUAACUGCAAUUCCAAAGCUUCUAACCAAAAAAACAAAAAAACAAAAAAACAAAAAACAAAAAAAAGGAAAAAAAAAAGAAAAAGAAAAAGCGUGGGUUGUUUUCCCAUAUACCUAUCUAUGCCGGUGAUUUUACAUUCUUGUCUUUUUUUUUUUUUCUUUUAAUAUAUAAAAAAAAAGAAAGAAAACACAAACCCUCACCCUAUUACAUUGUGCCCUUUUAAAGGUACUAUUGGUCUGGGAACCUGAAGCCCGCAGGGCCUGCCUAUUGUCGUUGGAGCUUACACCCCUUGUAUAUUUGUAUCCCUUUGAGAACUACCCACCUUGAUAGCACAGAGAAGCCCAGCCCGGCAUGCACUGUAUGGGAAAGCACUCCACCUCGUUACCGUUUUCAAUUUCUUGCUAUCUUAGCAUUCAGAUACCAAUGGCUUGCUAAAAGAAAAAAGAAAAAAAAAAAAAAGAAAUGUAAUGUGUUUUUAUUCUCAGGUCAAUCGCUCACACUUUGUUCUGUUUUCAGAAUCAUUGUUUUAUAUGUUUGUUUUGUUUUGUUUUUCUCUUUCGUUCCAGAAAAGUUUUUUGUUUUGUUUUGUUUUGUUUUGUUUUGUUAAUUUAAAAAAAUGGGCAGAAAGUAUUUCAAGAAAAACAAUGUGAACUGCUUUAGCUUUCUGGGGAUUUUUGAGAAUAGCUUUUCUGCUGAAGCCAAUUUCAAGGGGAAAAGUUAAGCACUCCCACUUUCAGAAGAAAGAAAAAAAAAACCCACACACAAGAGUGUUGAGGACUUGUAGCUUAAAAAAAAAAAGAGUUUUAGAAACUGACUUUCUGUAUUUAUGGUAGGUAUGACCAUUUUUGGUGGGUAGAUUGCUGCAUUGGGAACGAGCUGAAGCAGUAGACUUAAACCCUUUGUGCAUUUAGCUUUUGUGUGGUCCAGCAGCAGCUCCUAACUUGAUGUUGUCUUGUUCAUCCCUAGUGGAUAGGUUGCAAUCUGUUGCUUCAUCCAAGCUUCUAUUCCUUGUGUCCCUUAAUUCAACUUUGUCUCUCUUUCCUCCCCCCCCCCCAACUCCCAUCUUCUACUCUCCCAUUUAAAGUGGCUGCCUUCGUUUCUUGGAGGGUGGCUGUAGAAUUAUUUUAUAAAAGCUAAAGAAAGCAUUUCAAGACGAUUCUAGAGAUAAUCAGGAUCCUCACAGAUUAUUUUUGGUUGGGGAGUUGAGACUCUUUGGAAGGCAUUUAAUUCUAGUUACCUAUGUCUGGUAGCCCUGAGCAUUGACUAUUUUACUUAUCCCUCCUUUGCUUUUUAUUUGUGCCCCUUCUCUUCCUCCUCCUCCUCGUUCCUCUCUCUCUUCUCUGUCUCUCUCCUUCCCUCUCCCUCUCCUCUUGAUCUGUGGACACUUCAAAUAUUCUUUUCUUGAACUAAGACAUUCGUUUCAGUCUGUGUAAUUGGGGCUGUGUGCUUUUCUUUCUAAGAUGUUUUUUGGAUAGAGACUUGGUCUUGGUUUUUGUGUUUGUGUCUUUUCUUUCCUCUCUCAGAAAAAGAAAUUUCAUGCUUUAAAAAAAAAAAUCCAAAGACACACCCUUUCACUGCUGAUGCAGAAAAGGGGGAAAGGGUUCUUGUUACUUGAGAAUUUGUUUCUGAUUUAAACAAACAAGACUUAGUUUAAUAAAAGAAAGAAAGAGUAACACAAAAGAGUUCCCAGGUUGUCAGGCGCUUCUUCUGCACUCAGAGAGGCAGUCGUCAAUGACAAUUCCAGAUACCAAAAGACACAUUUUUUUACUUCAAAGUUUUGUCCUUGUGUUAGGCAGUCUGAGCGGCGAGUGAUCCAGAAUGCAGCCAACAAAGCCAGAUAGCAAUGUACAGAGAGAGAGAGAGAGAGAAAAAAGGAAACACGUGCAUGAGGCACUUGUGUUUAUGUUAAUACUCACAUCCCUCCGUCACAACACAAUGCAACACACACCCUUUUUCAUCUUAAAAAAAAAAAAAAGUCCGAACUUUAAAAGGAAAACUUAGUGCUGCUAAAACUUAACUUUUGAAGACACAUAGACGCUUUGCUAUUUCACGUUCACAGCCAAACGCCAACAGACACAAUGUCCCCUGUCCCCAAAGUGUGAGGUCCCUCGCCCCGCCCCCACUCUCUUCCCCAUGUUUCAAAGGGAACUUUGAAGACUGUGAAUCCAGGUUCCGCUGGCCACCUUCCAGGCUUCUCCCCCGAGCCGAAGCCACUCAUCCACUUUGCAAAAGACUGGAGCAUUCCACCAUCUGAAAAUUGUCAUUUUUCUUAUUCUUUUUUUUUUCUUUUUUAGCCGGGACUAUUUUUAUGAAUUUGUUUUUAGUUAAAGAAAGAGUAGAUCCUGAACUGUUGUACAUAUUUCUAACUAGGCUGAUGCACAGUGCAAAUUCCUUUUUUUUUUUUAAUUUUUUUAAAAGUAGAAAUACUAAAAGAAUACCAUCUUAACUAUUCAUAUCAGUAUCCAGUUGUAGCAUAAGGUGUCAAAAACAAGUACGCAAAACACUUAACUGUUUUAAAUAGCUAUUUCCUUUUAACAAGAAUUCUUGUAUUUCUCCCUGUGUUUUGAGAUGAACACUUUUAAAUUUUAAAGUUGUACAGUUUUUUGUUUUCCAUUAUUUUAUCUUGUUUGUAACUCUAUGAAAUAUAUAUAUAUAUUUUUUGCCAUUUAACUGUUGUAUGUUACUGUGUCUGUAUCUAUAGAAAAAAAUGUUUGUUUUGGUUCUCUGUGUGAUACAGUUUAACACUAGCUUUACCUGUCAAAUUCUGCUAGGUCUUCUCUGAAAACUGUUAUUUUUAAAAUGAUAUUGCUUGGUAAUAGUGCAAUUUCUACCCUCCCCAACCCCCCAACCUCAAGUUUCUUUGUAACUCCGCCAGCCCUUGCCCAGUGAUUUUUGUUUGUUCUGUUUCAAGCUACUAUCAUCUUCCAUCUGUGAGGCAGAGUGGAUGUCGGUGUUUCACUGUACCAUGCCUUGACCUGUGGGUGUGUUUGGCAACAGUAAGGCGGGUUGGGGUAGGACUGCUCAGCAUGCUUCUAACCCACCCGUGUUCCCCAAACGAGGUGUGUGACUAUUUCAGCCUGGAGUGGCUUUCCUCUCCUCUCCGGUCGCGCCACCCACAUGUAUGUUCCGUCAAAGAAGAAUCCCUCAGCACCAGCCCAGAAAUAGCAAAGCAGUCAGUGAUGGUGAAGAACGGAGGGCAGACAAGAGCCGGUCACGGCUGUGUGGCCACAAUGUACGUGUCACAGCAGCACGGAGCGCGAGCUUGCUACAGUGCUCAGCUGUUUAAAUGGAUCUCCCUUGGGAGAGUUUACUCCUGUCUGCUGUUGGAAUGGGUGGUUGAGUAGACCAUCUCAACUCACUUUUAAAAUUAGUCUGUAACUCUCAUUGGCACUUCUUUUUUUAGUUGAGGGCAGGAAUUCACCCCCACCCCGCCCCACCCCGUUCCUUCAUGAUGUGGCUCGAUGCUAGACACUAUUUGGCAUACAGCACCAGGAUACCUGUUAGAAUUGGAGUUAUUUCAUGCGUCCUUUCUCCAUCCCUCCCUAAAGAAAUGUAAGAAGGAACACACACGUACAGACACACGCUUACUGCAUCUUGGAAGUUUGUUUUUUUUUUUUUUUAUAAUUAAAAGCUAUUUUAAAAAAGAUGAAUGUGGCCAAAGUUUUACACAAUUGAAAAUAAAGUAAAACAGGCGGCACGUGUUAAAACCUGAGUUUAUCAGGCAUGGCAGGAAGUUGCAGGAGAGAGGCAGUGACCCAAGCCAGUGCACUUGAUGUUCAUGGACAUAUAUUUUUUUUAAAUAAUAAAUUAAAUUAAAACAUUUUAAAUAGAAGCAUAAAAUUGAGUUGGUUGUUUGUUGGCGCUGAGAUACUGCCCACUGUGAAACAAAGCUUUGACUAGUUUUUGUUUUGUUUUGUUUGUUUACUUUCUUCAGGGGGGGAGGGGGGCAAGUUUGGGUAGGAAAGAAAGCAUAAAUGAACGUGACCCUGAGGUAAAGAGGUAUAUGAACAGCCUUUGCAAUGUACAAAAAAACAACAACAAAAAAACCUACAAAAAAAAACAAACAAAAACAAAAAAAAAAAAAAACAACAAAAAAAAUAGAGCAAGUGAAACCAAAAAUGAUGUUCUUGGUGUUUUUUCUAUAAUGUAGUCUUGUUAGCUUUUUUGUUACUGUAAACGACGCUGAUCCCUGAACUGUACCAAAAUACAUGGAGACUAACAGAACCACAAGGAACUCUCAACCUGAAAAAGAAAUUUGUCACAAAAACUUUGUUGUCAUAGUUAAGUUGAUUGUAGAUGGUAAUUGAAUAUUACUCCUUUGAAAAUAUUUCAUCAAGUAUGUUUCCUGCUCAUUGUGAUACAUUAAAAAAAAUAUGAGCAAAAAAA